AAAAAGAAUACAAAAUAUCGUUAUUGAUGGAUUAUUAGUAUUUUACCCUUUUCCUCCCUUAAUUUGAUAAUUAAUUUGAUUAAACAAAUCAGGACUCUGUGAUGAUGAGAAGUGAAUUACAAGCAACCAUGGAGAAUGGUACUCUGUAGAUAAUCCCCAUCUCCUCUAUCUUCUCUAUCUUCUUCCUCCUCACUCUCAGAGCUCCUCUCUGUGUGGUUCUCUGCAACUAUUCAUCUCUUUAUCGAGCUAUUGAACUUGUAACCCUUCUAAAAUUACUGGGUUUUUUGUUUUUUCUGGGUUUAAUUAUUAUUUGAAGUCGAGAUGCCAGGUCUUGUAUCUCUAAAAACUCCUCCAAAUGCUACACCUCUUCAAAUUCACGUCUCUAAUGGCGAUCGGGAGAUUCAAAAUCAUGACGAAGGUUCUGAAAUCUCAAACCCUAGGGUUAGAUCACCGAUGCCGAAGCGACCACCAUCUCCUUCCUCUUCACGGAUUAAGCCUUCGCCAGACCGUAGCUCCGGUAAGAAGAAAACACCUGAGAAGCCGAAAAUCGAUGAAUCUUCUCUUGACAAUCCCGAUCUCGGUCCUUUCCUUCUUAAGCUCGCUCGUGACACGAUAGCCAAUGGAGAGAGCCCGACUAAAGCAUUGGAUUUUGCGGUUCGAGCUUCAAAAUCGUUCGAGCGUUGCGCUGAAGAAGGUGAGCCGAGCUUGGAGUUGGCUAUGAGCUUGCAUGUCGUUUCGGCUAUUUACUGUAGCUUGGGAAGGUUCGAGGAGGCGAUCCCGGAGCUUGAGCGGGCGAUUUCAGUCCCGGAUGUUGCGAGAGGACUAGACCACGCGCUUGCUGCGUUCUCAGGCUAUAUGCAGCUUGGAGAUACACAUUCCAUGCUCGGUCAGCUUGACAAAUCGAUUGCCUGUUACGAUGCUGGAUUGAAGAUCCAGAUGGAAGCUUUGGGUGAAUCAGAUCCGAGGGUCGCAGAAACUUGCAGGUACUUGGCUGAAGCCCAUGUCCAAGGUAUGCAAUUUGAUGAAGCUGAAAAGCUAUGCAAGAAAACCCUUGAAAUCCACCGUGAGCACAGUGCACCAGCAUCCCUUGAAGAAGCUGCUGAUCGCCGGUUAAUGGCUCUAAUAUGUGAAGCAAAGGGAGACUAUGAAUCUGCCCUUGAGCACCUUGUUCUUGCCAGUAUGAUCAUGAUUGCCAAUAGCCAAGACAACGAGGUUGCGGCAAUUGAUGUCAGCAUUGGUGAUAUUUACCAGUCUCUUAGCCGCUUCGAUGAGGCUGUCUUCUCCUACCAGAAGGCCUUGACUGUAUUCAAAUCUACUAAGGGUGACAAUCACCCUUUGGUUGCAUCAGUCUUCGUACGGCUAGCUGACCUAAACUACAAGACAGGAAAGCUUCGGGAGUCCAAAUCCUAUUGUGAAAGUGCUUUGAGGAUAUAUACAAAACCUGUUCCUGGAACUGCUGCAGAGGAGAUAGCCAGUGGGCUUACAGAAAUCUCAGCUGUAUAUGAAGCUUUAAAUGAACCUGAUGAAGCAUUGAAACUCUUGCAGAAGGCAAUGAAGUCGCUAGAAGACACACCAGGGCAGAGAAGCACAAUUGCAGGGAUAGAAGCACAAAUGGGUGUAAUGUACUACAUGGUUGGUAGGUAUGCAGAGUCUAGAUACUCUUUUGAGAGUGCUGUGGAGAGGCUUAGAGCCAGUGGGGAGAGGAAAUCAGCCUUCUUUGGGGUUAUGUUGAACCAAAUGGGUUUGGCUUGUGUGCAGCUGUAUAAAAUAGAUGAGGCUGCAGAGUUAUUUGAAGAAGCAAGGGGGAUACUGGAGAAGGAGUGUGGUCUGUAUCAUCCAGAUACUCUUGGUGUAUAUAGUAAUCUUGCAGCAACCUAUGAUGCCAUGGGCAGGGUAGAUGAUGCUAUAGAGAUCUUGGAAUACAUUCUUAAGGUGAGGGAAGAAAAGCUUGGAACAGCGAAUCCUGACGUUGAUGAUGAGAAGAAAAGGCUAGCUGAUCUACUUAAAGAAGCAGGCAGAAAUCGGAAUAAAAAAGCUAAAUCACUUGAAAAUCUUCUUGGUUCUAGCACUCAGAGGAUUAAGAAAGAGGUAACAAGGAGAUGGUCAGGCUUGGGCUUCAAAACUUGACAAAUCAUUGUCCUUUUCUGAGUACUCACUUUCUGUACCAUAAAAGAAAAUUGUGUAAAGUGUCAAGAGUUGUGCUUCAUAUUUCUUGAGAUACAUGUCAUGUAGGGUCAGGCUUGAUUUCGUUUCUUAUUUUUUUUUGUUUUUGUUUUUUUUUUUUUAAUAUUGAUGUGUGCUCUUGAAUCUGUUCACUGCCUUUGGGGUGGUGGGGUGGGGUGGGGGGGGGGGAGUUGAGAUUUGUUGAGUGAAUAUAUAUUUAUGGUUGCUUCUUUGUCAGGAAUAUGUCUUUGGGAAAAUGUAGGAACUGGUGUUCCUUGUUCAUUGUAAGUUCUUGAACUCCCAAUUAUUCUAGGAAUGAACAGGAAUAUAGGGCACCUGGCCUUCUUUUC